CAUGCGCGAGGCGCGCGGCACCGGCGGGGCGCGGGGGGCGCGCGCCGUUCCCGCCGGGGGCGCGCGGGGUUCCCCGUCAGGUGCGCGGGGUGGGCGGGGCCUCGGGUGAGGCAGGUGAGGCCCGGGAGCCGCCAUGGACGGCCCCGCCCUGCCCAUCCGCCGCUCCCGCCGGGAGCUGGUGCAGGCCGUGAGGGAGCGGCCCUUCCUCAUCGUCACCGGCGAGACGGGCAGCGGCAAAAGCACGCAGCUGCCCAGGUAUCUCUACGAGGCAGGCCUGGCCAAGCACGGUGCCAUCGGUGUGACCCAGCCCCGGCGCGUGGCCACCGUGUCGGUGGCACAGAGGGUGGCCGAGGAGAUGGGCUGUGCCCUGGGGACUCUCGUGGGCUACCAGGUCCGAUUCGACGACUGCACCUGCGAGGACACUGCCAUCAGGUACAUGACUGAUGGGUGCCUGCUGAGGCAGAUCCUGGCUGACCCCCUCCUCAGCAGGUACAGUGUCAUCAUUUUGGAUGAAGCCCACGAGAGGAGCCUCAGCACUGAUAUUUUAUUUGGUUUGCUGAAGAAGCGGUUCCUGCAGGAGAAGCCAGCAGGCAGGAGCACAGACAUGAAGGUGGUGGUGAUGUCAGCCACCCUGGAGGUGGAAAAGCUCUCAGAGUUCUUUGGGCACUGCUCAGUGCUGCACAUUCCAGGGAGAAGUUACCCUGUCAAGGAGAUAUUCUGCAACCUGCUGAGCCCCAGGGAUGUGGGCAGCUCUGCCUAUGUCACAGAGGCUGUGAAGGUUGCCCUGGAUGUUCACUUAAAUGAGCCAGAAGGUGACAUCCUGGUUUUCCUCACAGGCCAGAAUGAGAUAGAAAGAGCUUGUGAUUUGCUUUUCAAGAAAGCAGAGUCCAUCGAUUACCGCUACGAGGUGCACGACCGGGCUGUGGAGGGGCUCCUCAUCCUGCCUCUCUAUGGCUCCAUGUCCACAGAUCAACAGAAGAGGAUAUUUUUGCCAGCCCCCAGAGGCAUCAGAAAAUGUGUGGUGUCCACAAACAUUGCUGCAACAUCUCUGACCAUUGAAGGAGUCAGAUACGUUGUGGACAGUGGCUUUGUGAAGCAGUUGAAUCACAAUCCCAGAGUUGGUUUGGACAUCCUGGAGGUGGUUCCCAUCUCAAAGAGUGAAGCCAAGCAGCGAGCCGGGCGCGCCGGCCGGACGUCGUCGGGGAAAAGCUUUGGGUUGUACAGCAGGGAGUUCUGGGAGCAGUGCAUGCCCCAGCACACCGUGCCAGAGAUCAGGAGAACCAGCCUGACAUCUGUGAUCCUCACCUUGAAAUGCCUUUCCGUGCAUGAUGUCAUCAGGUUUCCCUAUUUGGACCCCCCUGAGGAAAGACACAUUUUGGAAGCUCUGAAGGAACUUUACCAGUGCAGUGCUAUUGACAGGAGGGGCCAGGUGACAAGACUGGGAGAAUUCCUGGUGCAGUUUCCCCUCCCUCCCAGCCUGUCCUGUGCUCUGAUAAAAGCUGCUUCCCUGGACUGUGAGGAUCUCCUGCUUCCCAUUGCAGCCAUGCUGUCCGUGGAAAACGUCUUCAUCCGUCCAGGUGAUCCUCAGAAGCAAAAGGAGGCUGAGCUUCAACACCAGGAACUUGCCUCACAAGUGGGAGGAUGCAAUGACUUUGCAACCCUCUUAAAUAUUUUUGAACAGUGCAAAGCAAGCAAGUCUCCUUCAGCCUGGUGCCAGAAAUACUGGAUCCAUUGGAGAGCUGUGAAAUCUGCUUUUAGUGUGGAAAGGCAGCUGCGGGAAAUAACCACUAAACUGAAACAGCUGCCAGACUUCCCUAAAGAGACAUUUGAAGGCUCCAGAACUGAAAUACUGAGAAGAUGCCUGUGUGCAGGAUACUUCAUCAACGUUGCUAGGAGAUCUGCAGCCAGGACAUUCUGCACCAUGGAUGGCCAUGGCAGCAUAGUCUACAUCCACCCUUCAUCCACACUCUACAACCAGGAGACCCUGCUGGAGUGGAUCAUCUUCCACGACGUGGCCGUCACCUCCAAGAUCUACGUGCGCACCGUGUGCCCCGUGCGCUACGAGUGGCUCCGGGACCUGCUGCCCAGGCUGCACCAGGUGGAUGCCUAUGAGCUGAGCAGUGUGGCCAGGGAAGAGGUCACUGAGGAGGAAAUAACCAAGUGGAAGCAGAGGGAGGAGCUGAAAAGGCAGUUUGAAGGUGUCCCAGAGAGCUCUGCAGGGAAGAUGGAGAGGAGGAAUGAUGAGCAAUCCAUCCAGGACGCCCGAGCUCGGUACCUGCAGAGGAAGCAGCAGAGAGCUCAGGGUCUGAGUGGCCCUGAGAAGGAAAUGGGGUGACCCUGCUGGCAGCUCUGCUCCCACUGCCAGGGGAGGCAGCUUGUGCAGCUCUGGGGCUGUUUGCAAAAUGCCCAAGGGCUGGCAGGAGGGCAGGGGAACCUGUGGUCAGUCCCAGUGCCAAAGAGGACAAACACAAUUCCCUCUGCUGCAUCCAGCAGGGAAAACUUCCCAAGCUUUGUGUUGCUGCAGGUCAGUGGCAACAAUUUGGUGGCCUCAGCUAUGGCUGAAGCCCUGAUACCAAGUGUGGUGCCAAUUCUCUGGCAUUUAUUUGACUUAAAAGAGCUCAGAAAUUUUUCUUCCAGGUCGGUUGGGGUUUAUUUUUGUAAGGAGUGGAACUGUAAUUUUUUACCCAUUUUAUUCUGUCUGAUGGUGGUCAUGCAGAAUUCAUGCUCAGGAAAAUGUGCAGGAAGGGUUCUUGUAAUGGUGGGAGCAGCAGGAUUAGAUCCAAAGGGACAAUUGCAGGAUUAGAUCCAAAGGGACAAUUCCCACCUGCAUUCUGUGCUGUGCUGUACCAGGUGCACACAGGGAAGUAAAAAUGUUUUUCCUUGAGCAUCUGAAAGAGCAAGGAGCUGUGGUGCUUUGUCAUCAUGAAGUUUGUUUCCUUCUCAAUAAAGAAAUCCUGUUUUAUCACCAUAAUAAUCCUAAAACGCUCCAGGGCUCCAGUGAGCAAUUUGUGUAAGAAUUUCCAAAUAAUUGGAAGAACUUGCUGUGAUUUUUCCUGCCUCAGCUGUGUGCUCUGUGUCACCCUGGGCACUGGUUCAAGUGGUGUAUUGUGUUUUAUUGCUGUAGCCUGAAUAAAACAUUCACCAUUCCA